CACGCUCUCUUCUAUAAAUAUUCUCACAUCACUUUUUCUCUCAUUCUCAAUUCCUUCUUUUUCACAUCUACCCAAAAUUCCAAAACACCAUCGAUUUUUUGCUCUCUUGAAAUGUGUCUUUUUAUGUCCAAUUCUUCUCUUCCAACUAAACCGAACCGGAAAACCAGGUUCGGAGAUCGGUGUUUACUGAUGGCCAAACAGCAACGAACCCGACUUUACAUACUUCGACGAUGUGUCUCCAUGCUGCUUUGCUGGCACGACCACUCUAUUUCUGAUUAGUUUGCGGUUUCGGUCAGAUUCAUGAACCGGACGGACCAAGAAGUAGAAAUCAGAAGAAUGUGAUGUCAUUUAGAGUUUUUCUUGUUUUCUUUUAGAACUCUUCAAGGAAUCUUUUGUAAUUGAAGAAGACUCUAAGGAUUGGGCCUUUUGGGCCUUUGUACAUAUUGUGUAAAUAACAUAUGAACUUUUUUUACUCAAUGCCCAAUUUUGUUUCUUAGUAAAAUAUUCGAAUUGUGUUGUAUCAAUUUAGAUUCGUUAAGAAAGAUGAAGAAGUAGUAGGAUCACUGGACCACAAACGAAGUUCAAACAUUUAGGAUUGAUAUGAGAUUUCGUCUAUUGGUUAAAGUUCGUGUAUAUUUUGUUAGGGAAGGAAUUAUAAGUUCUAUCUAAAGGUUUGUAUUCUAAGAUUUAAAUUACAGAAAAUGCAUACAAAUUGUAUCACCAAAAAUACUGAU